CGGUUCACUCGCAUUUUAUUCUCCCACUCGUCACUCUUUCUGUUCUAGGCUCCCAGCUGAACAAUCGCACGAGGACCACCGGCCCGGUUAACCAACGACAUACAGAACACACCAUGAGUUCAGCAGUAGACUACUUUGUCCAGGAGAAGAUCUGGUUUGAUAAGCCUCGCUAUGACGAUGCGGAGAGACACUUCUACGAACGCAUUAACAGCACCUCACACCCAGCACAGGAGCUGGGAGCCAACACCAUCCUGCAGGACAUAGCCCGGGCCAGAGAGAACAUCCAGAAGUCCCUAGCAGGACUGAAGAAUUCGCUGUUACCUAGCAGAGGCUUUGAUCAACCCCAGAACCCCCAUCCUAGUGCAGCUAAUGGGGCAGGAGAUCAAGGCGAACUCAUCACACGGAUUAAGAGCCUGGAGCUAGAGAACAACAGUCUGAACCAAGUGGUGGAGGACCUGCGGUUGGCUCUGUCUAAAUUGGAGUGUCGGGUAGCGGUGCUGGAGAAAUCACCGUCGCCAGCUGCAGCCCCAGUCUCUGCAGCCCCCUGUACAAAUGGAACCUCUGUCCAGCAGCAGAAGACCAGCCCCCCAGUGGAGGAUGAAGAUGAUGAUGAUGAUGAUAUGGACUUGUUCGGCAGCGAUGAAGAGGAGGAUGCGGAGGCUGAGCGACUCAAAGAGCAGAGGCUGAAAGAGUAUGCAGAGAAGAAGGCAAAGAAACCCACCCUCAUCGCAAAGUCCUCCAUCCUAUUGGACGUCAAGCCUUGGGAUGAUGAGACAGACAUGGCUAAACUGGAGGAAUGUGUGAGGUCUGUUGUCGCUGACGGUCUACUUUGGGGUCAAUCUAAGCUUGUUCCUGUGGGUUAUGGUAUCCGGAAGCUACAGAUCCAGUGUGUUGUCGAGGACGACAAGGUCGGGACAGACCUGCUAGAGGAGGAGAUUACAAAGUUUGAGGACUUUGUCCAGAGUGUUGACGUAGCAGCCUUCAACAAGAUCUGAUUCUGACCUUCUUCCUUUUCAUUGGGCCCGUCCCACCUGGCACCCCAUUCACUCUGUCGUGCUCUACUUUAAGCCCUAUGAGCUGUUCAAAGGUAGUGCACUAUAUAGAGAAUAGCGUGUCAUGUGGGACGUAACCAUGUUCCCAGUCCGUCCCUUGCUGCUGUUUGUGUCACUCAUGGUUAAUAAUAAAGAGCUUUUGGUGCACUUUAA